ACGAUACCAUAAUGGCCGAAGUAUUUUCUGAAGACCUAGUUGCAAGUUCUGAAACCUUAGUUGAAGAUUUUAAAAACUUAUAUGAGUUCAAGGAACGGCUUCUAAUAACUGCAGAUGAACUUUUAAUUCAAAGUCUUAUUGACAUCGUUCAGAGUCUCAUAAUCCAAAAUUAUUAUAUGUUCUUACAACGAAGUUCUAUUAGGAUGCUUCAUUUUAUUGCCCAUUAUAAACAAUUCAAUGAACUUAAUGAAGCUUAUUUGGAGACCAUUUGCAAAAAUCCUUCCUUACUAUUUGAUUCAGAUGAAUUUGUUUCUUUAGAGGAAAAUGCACUAAAAUUAAUUCUUGAAUGUGAUAACCUCGAUAUGAAAGAAAGUAUUAUCUGGAAAAAACUAGUUCAAUGGGGAAAAGCACAACAUGAACAGAAAUUACAUGAAUUAACUAAACUCAUUAGAUUUUAUCAAAUAGAUCCUAAGAAGUUUGUUCCUGAAGUGUGGGAAUAUAUGGACAUUCUUCUUAAAGAUUUAAUUAAAGAUGUAGUACACUGUCAUUUAGAUUCAGAUGCUAAACCAUCAUACAAAACAUUUUUGAUCAGAUGGGGCAAUUUUAGAAUUAACUCAGAAUUAAUCAACAAAGAGAUUGUACUAUUAUUGAUUAAAUGGAUAGAUGGAAAAACUACAGAUGAUAAUACCUCAAAAGGAUUUCAUUACAAAUUUAAUCUACUUUUUAGAAGCAACUUAGACGGUCACGCAUCACAAGCAUUUCAUCGAAGAUGUGAUAACAAGGGGCAACAAUUGUUGUUGGAAGAAUUGCAAACUCAAGUCGUCUUAUUGGAGGUUACAAUCUACUUGAUUGGAAUGGAGAUAAUCUUCAUAUUUUUAUUAGAUACAAAUAACCUCAAAAAAGCAAUGUUAUCACGCGUUAAUCAUAAUCUUAGUGAUUGUGCUAUUGGUUGCGACGGUGCUCAUGGUCCAAGUUUUGGAGAAGGUCCUGAUUUACACAUUUCAAAUAACAAGACUAUCUGA